AGAGUAUAAAACUGCAGGAGCUCCAGUGCUUCUCACACAGCCAGCAUCUCCUCUCCUCACCCUUCCUCGUGCUUUGGGGUUCGGUUUCUUCUUAAGCAAGAUGUCAUACCAGAAAAAGCAACCCACCCCCCAGCCCCCAGUGGAUUGCGGGAAGACCUCUGGAGGCGGCGGCGGCGGCGGCGGCGGCGGCAGUGGUGGCGGCUGUGUCUUCUAUAGCGGCGGCGGCGGCUACUCUGGUGGCGGCGGUUCAGGUGGUUGCAGCGGCGGCAGUUCCGGUGGAAGCAUCAAGUACUCCGGCGGCGGCGGCGGCGGCGGCGGCGGCUACUCUGGUGGCGGCGGUUCAGGUGGUUGCAGCGGCGGCAGUUCCGGUGGAAGCAUCAAGUACGGCGGCGGCGGCGGCGGCGGCGGCAGCAGCUGCUAUGGGGGCGGGGGCAGCUCCGGCUGCGGAGGCUACUCCGGCGGCGGCGGUUCGGGUGGUUGCGGCGGCGGCGGCGGCGGCGGCGGCUCCGGUGGAAGCAUCAAGUACUCCGGCGGUGGCGGCAGCUCCGGCUGCGGAGGCUACUCUGGCGGCGGCGGCUCCUCCGGGGGCGGCUGCUAUCCUGGCGGCGGCUCCUCCGGGGGCGGCUGCUAUCCUAGCGGCGGCGGCUCCUCCGGGGGCGGCUCCUCUGGCCAGCAGGUCCAGUGCCAGAGCUACGGAGGCGUCUCUAGCGGCGGCUCCGCCGGAGGCAGCUCGGGAUGCGGCGGCGGAUCCUCCGGUGGCGGCUCCGGCUGCGGCGGGGGCUCCUCUGGCGGUGGCUCCGGCUACUACUCGUCCUCGCAGCAGACCUCCCAGACCUCGUGCUUGCCCAGCCAGGGCUACGGAGGAGGGUCGUCCGGCGGCAGCUGCGGCGGCUCGUCCGGGGGCGGCGACUGCUACUUCCCCAGCUGCGGGGGCGGUGGGGGUGGCGGCGGCUCCGGCUGCGGGGGCGGCUCCUCUGGGGGCGGCGGCGGCGGCGGCUCCGGCUGCGGGGGCGGCUCCUCCGGGGGUGGCUCCGGGGGUGGCAAGGGCGUCCCGGUCUGCCACCAGACCCAGCAGAAGCAGGCGCCUACCUGGCCGUGCAAGUAAGGCCCCCUGGACGCCACGGAGGCGAUGGAGCUGGAGGUGUUCUCCGUGGGCGCCGAUGGGCCUAGCGCUCUCAUGAUAUUGCCUUGAGGUUCUCAAUCCGCAUCUUAAUCCACCCAGAAGAAGCCACUGAGCUGUGGAGCUGCAUCUUGUUCUGUAGUUUUCCCUCCUUGGUUUCUGUACAACUACCUCCCGACUCCAGUGCCUUCUCAGUCAAUAAAUGUGCAAGUCAUGAGAA